AUGUCCUCACCACCACCCCCAUCCAGCAACCCCCUCAAACGACCCUCCAUCUCCUCAUCCGCCUCCCAACCACUCGGCAGCAGCGCCAAACGCGCCCGCAUGCACCCCCUCCGCCAGACCUCCUUCCCAACGACCAUCGACGCUGACUCGCGCGCCUUCGCCAGCGCCGCCAGCGACGCCGGGAGCGUGACGGGUAGUUUCACGGGAAGUCUGGGCGGCGGGAGUGCGGACGGGGUGUUUUCGGGCACGAAGGCCAAGAAACGGGGGCGGAAGAGCAAAGCCGAGAAGGAGCGCGAACAACGCGAGGAUGCGAUGAGUGCGCGGGGAGGCGCUGAGACGAGGUCGAGGUUUGGGUCGGUGGAUGCCGAUGGGCAGUCUGUCAGAGGGGGACAAGGUGCAGGUACAGGAGGGGGUGGUGCAGGUGGAGAGGAUGCUGAUGAUGACGAGGACUUUGAAGAUGAGGGGGAAUUGCUGGGGAGGGAGGAAGGGGCUACCGAUACGGAAGCUGAGAAGAAGAAUCUUGCGUUGCUGGUGGAUGCGUUCAACCCUCUACAAUCGGAGCGAUAUGAUCUGUUCAAACGGGCCAAGCUGCGAAAGGAGACGCUACGACGGAUCGUCAAUCACGCCCUGUCGCAAUCCGUGCCGGCCAGCGUCGUAACGACGAUCAACGGAUUCACCAAGGUCUUCGCCGGCGAGAUCAUCGAGAAGGCUCGGACGGUGCAGGCCGAGUGGGCGAACGCACACGACCAGACAGCCCUGGCGGCUUAUGAGGCUGAGGAGGAGGCUGCUGAUGCUGCUGCUGCUGCUGCUGCAGGCGGCGGCGGCACCCCGGGUACUCUCGGACCACGUGUGGUGAAACCCCAAUCCGACCCUCCCACAGCCAUGAAGAAACCUGAUGAAUCCGAGGACCGCGCGCAGGGGCCAUCAGCCGCGCGACCGCGUCGAGAAUUCAAGCUUCCUCCCAAUCCGCAUCGGGGCCAACUGCUUCCCACGCACCUGCGCGAGGCGCUGCGACGGUACAAACGGGACGGCGAAGGAGGAGGGGUUGGAUUCUCAGGGCUUAGUAUGGGUAAUCUGGGGGUUCGAGGGUCGGUGACGUGGAGCGCCGGUAGUGUCGGAGGCCGACGAAUUUUCCGAUAA